CGAACCUCCCAAACCCUUUGCCCAAAUAUCUUGUCCUCCAAGACUCUCUCCCUAUAUAUAUAGGCCUAGCGAUAUAUAUAGUUAUAUAGACACACAUACAUAUAUAUUUUCUCAUUUGUGAUACAAAAACAAACAGAAAUGUGUCCCACCGGAAGCGAUGUGCGGCGGUAUUCUAACACCACCGUCAAGAAAGAUUUCCGGCCGGCGUUCGACGUGCUCGACGCCGACCACGACGGGAGGAUCAGCCGCGAGGAUCUCCGUACGUUCUAUGACGGAUUUGGCGGCGGCGAGGCCUCCUCCGGCGAGGACGUGAUUGGGACAAUGAUGUCGGUGGCGGACGAGAACAAGGACGGGUACGUGGAGUACGAUGAGUUCGAGAGGGUGUUGUUGAUAAAGAAGGGUAGAGAGAGAAAGAAUGGGGGAGGAGAGAGAAACGGCCGCGGCGGAGGAGGAGGUGGUGUGAUGGAGGAUGUGUUUAGGGUUAUGGACAGAGAUGGGGAUGGGAAGGUGGGGCAUGAGGAUCUGAAGAGCUACCUGAGCUGGGCUGGUUUUGAGACGUCUGACGAUGAUAUCAAGGCAAUGAUCAAAUUGGGCGGUGGUGAUGAAAAGGAGGGCGUGACGUAUGAUGGUUUGCGCAAGAUAUUAGCUGUAUAAUUGAUGAUGACGACGAUAAUUGAGAGAGGUGGGCUGAUUUUAGCCUCUAUUGUUUUGUAGUAUCUUGUUUUGCUUAAAUAAUUGUUAGAAAAUUAUUAAUUUGCACAUGUUAAAAGAGAAUCUAUGAAUUAGUAUAUAAUUUCAUAUUUAUUA